AUGAGUUAUGAAGAUAAUCAAUUAGAAGUUAGUAAAACGGAUAAUGAUAACAUUAUAUCUAAUAAUUCUACAUCACUAUUAAUUGAGAAAAUUGUUAAUUUGAGAAUUGAAGAAGGUUUAGAAUCUUCUAGUAUGGAAACAGCUCAAGCUAUUUCUUCCUUUAAUUUAGAUUAUGAUCCAUUCGAU